ACAUGACACCUAGACAUGAUGAGAAGAGUCAUUUACACCUACAGAAAGGGAACUCCGUAGCUACUUCGGUUUCCUGCAUGGAUCAUUUGCUGUGUCCCUCAUGAGGAGUCUGUCACACUCUGUCCCACAUGGGCAGUGGGAGGUUGAGAGCCAUGACGUGGGGAGCUCUCCGCAUGCCCAGGCCAAGCCCUCAGAGUGCCUCGACACAUGAGGAGAGGAUCCCACCGGGGCAGGUUACAAGUCACUUGGAGCAAUUAACCUUGCUGCGUCUGUAGCCUUCGCUGUUUGCGGUGUUCGGCUGAGCAGCGUCUGGGCGCGUUGCAGGAGAGGCUGAUGCGGGCCCUGGCAGGUGCUGGGGGGAUGCUCGCUGCGAGGGCCACUGUGCGGAACUGUGCCUGAUUGCGUGUCACUGAGCUGCUCGCCUGGGAAAGCUGCAGCGGCCCCAGCCCCUGCCCCGGCAGGAGCCCACCCCACAGUCCGGCUACUGCCCCCCUGCGCCAGGCGCAGCCGCAGCUGUAGGAGCGGGGCGCUGGUGUCUCGCGGGGGCGCGGUGACCUUGAGGAGGGGGCGCUGCCGGGCUGGGAGCAGCGAGAGGAGGGGAGACAGCUGCGACACCGACACGGGGCCGGAGCUGCCCCUCAGCUCAUCAGCCGCCUCCCGUGGGCAGGCCGCGGCGGCGCCUCUCUCCCGAAUAUGGUCAAGGGGCAGCUGCCCGCCGCCUGAGUUCGGCCCCAGCCCAGCCUCGGCGGCCGCCUCAGACAGAGCGCGAUGGCUCUGAUCGGAGAAGAGGACUACACCUAUAUUUACAACGAUCUUUCUCACCCUGUGGACUUCCUGCAGGCUUUCAGAACAUUUUACCGGGAUGGCUUAUUUGCUGACAUUACUCUUCAGUGUGCGUCUGGUGUGACCUUCCUUUGCCACAAAGCUGUUUUAGCUGCUUGUAGCAAUUAUUUUAAGGCAAUGUUCACAGCUGACAUGAAAGAAAAAUCUAAAAAUCAGAUCAAACUUCCUGGGCUCAGCCACACUAUAUUGGAGGCUCUUGUGAAUUAUGCAUACACAUCACAAAUCCAAAUAACAGAGAGAAAUGUUCAAAGUCUCCUCCAAGCUGCGGAUCUACUCCAGUUUGUGUCAGUAAAGAAAGCCUGUGAGCAGUUUCUGGUAAGGCAUGUAGAUACCGUCAACUGCAUAGGGAUGCACUCCUUCGCAGAGUAUCACCUUUGUUCAGAGCUAGAGAAAGAAUCUAGGAGGAUAUUGUUAUCAAGAUUUGAAGAAGUGUGGAGGCAGGAAGAAUUUCUGGAUAUCAGCUGUGAGAAACUCCUGUUUAUUCUCUCCAGAGAGAAUCUCAAUGUUUGGAAAGAAGAGGCAGCCAUAGAACCUGUAGUUAAAUGGAUAGCAUAUGAUGUGGAGAAAAGAAUUGAAUGCAUUUUUGAUCUGCUGAACUGCCUCAAAAUAGAUUUAAAUGAAAUAUAUUUAAGAUCAGCCUUAAGCUUACGAAAGAAACACCAGCUUAAUGAAAACAAGAUAAGGUCUCUGAUAUACAAUGCAUUAAACACCAACCCAAAAGACAUUUCCAAAAGGCCCACAGCAGCUAUGUAUGUGAUUGGAGGAUAUUACUGGCAUCCUUUAUCAGAAGUCCAUGUGUGGGAUCCUUUAACUAAUGCUUGGAUACAGGGAACGGACAUGCCUGAUCACACAAGGGAGAGCUAUGGGAUCACUAGUUUGGGACCCAACAUUUAUGUAACCGGGGGCUAUAGAACUGACAACAUAGAAGCCCUUGAUAUUGUGUGGAUAUAUAACAGUGAAACUGACCAAUGGACAGAAGGCUGCCCCAUGCUUAAUGCAAGGUACUAUCAUUGUGCAGUUACCUUGGGCGGCUGUGUCUAUGCUUUGGGGGGCUACAGAAAAGGGGCUCCAGCACAAGAAGCAGAAUUCUAUGAUCCUUUAAAAAAGAAAUGGGUUUCCAUUGCAAACAUGAUCAAAGGUGUUGGAAAUGCCACAGCCUGUGUCCUGUGUGAAGUCAUCUAUGUAAUUGGAGGCCACUAUGGUUACAGGGGAAGCUGCACCUAUGACAAAAUUCAGAGCUACCAUUCAGGUAGCAAUGAAUGGAGAAUAGUCACUACAAGUCCACAUCCAGAAUAUGGAUUGUGUUCCAUUGCCUUACAAAACAAGCUAUAUCUUGUGGGUGGACAAACCGCAAUCACUGACUGCUAUGACCUAGAACAAAAUGAAUGGAGGCAGAUGGCGCAUACGAUGGAAAGGAGGAUGGAAUGUGGUGCAGUUGUCAUGAAUGGAUGCAUCUAUGUAACAGGAGGAUAUUCCUAUUCAAAAGGAACAUAUCUGCAAAGUAUUGAGAAAUAUGAUCCUGAGCUUAAUAAAUGGGAAGUAGUCGGCAGUCUUCCCAGUGCUAUGCGUUCACAUGGUUGUGUCUGUGUGUACAAUGUCUAACACAAUCUGAAUAUUAUAUGUCUGUUGCAAUAGAUAAGCAAAUACAGUAUCUGUACCAGUACAGAAUACCUCUUCAGCAAUGUAUUUAGUACAACCCAUCUCUCACAUUUAAUAUAAAUCUGUAUACAAACCUGUAUUUAUUAAAAUUCACUUCAUAUAAUAUAAACGCUAUGACAAUACUUUUGUAUAAUUUAAUUUUCAAAAUAAAUUCACCAGUUAUUGUUGUCAAAAAGGUUUACAAAUCAUCUUUACAAAAUUACUCCUUAUAUGUCCACAGGAAGUAUAUGUAAAAAGACUAAUUUGUAUUAAUUAACCACUGGAGGGAACCAUGCUCAAGGUUUUGUCACAUUGCUAAGAGGACUAAAAAACAAAAGAUUUUGCACUUCUAUGGACUACUUGGUUUUCAAGUGAAACAUUUAAUAAUUUGAAUGUGGCUAUUAACACUUAUUGUUUAGUGACUGUCACAAGCUGAUUGACUUGUUAGGAUAUUUUGCUAGUCCGCUUUCAAAUCCCCAUACAAAACAUAGAAGGCGUUUGCCCUAGUGCUCUAGAAGUAAAUAAUGCUCUAUGAUACUAAAGAUUCAAGUUUGAGACAUGUGUUCAUUCCUUUAUUCCUGUAUUGAAAAGGCACUUAGGGAGCAAUGGGAGAGGGCCUCACAUUGCUCCACAAUGACCUCCUCUCAAGCUGAUUCAGGAAUAUUGUUGAUUGACUCCAGAUAAUGCUAUAUCCUUGAUUGCAGGAUUGGUUAAGAUACAUGUAUUUUAGAGUGGAAAAGACUGGCAGGGAUUCUAAUGGACCCUUUGAGGUACAAACACCUCUGGUACAGACUAGAAAAACAGAAUUAUAUUUUAUAUAAUUGUUUUCACACCAGGAUCUCCAAAAGCACUAAACAUGAUUUAGUGAGUGAGGCAAACACAGCAGCCACAGGAACUCAGCAAAAAGUUUAGAGAUAGAAUACUGAUCAGGACACUAGAUUUAUCCAUUACUCCUUUCAGAAGUGUGAUCUGGGAUCUUUAACUUCUGCCUGGAGAGCUGUCUGAGAUGAGCAGAAAAAAGAUCAUUUUAACUAUCCAAUAUUGCAUUGUGAUCCCUACAAUGCAGCAAGGUAGUUUCAACACAGCAUAAGGUACUGGUACAAUCCACAUGAAAGAUUUGAACGUAUGACCUUCUGACUCAGACAUCAUCAGUCUUCUUACAAAUGUUUUGAGGUAUAAAAUGUGCCCUGUCACAUUCAGGGAGCAUAUACAAGAUGUAACGUUUGUUAAAUUGCAUUUGGUUGACUGUUGAUCAUUUCUUCAGAGGUUUUUAUGGUGUACUGUUACUUUUAACAUGGGGAGUUUAAUUUUGCGUCUUUUUCCCUGUCAUGCACCCAGAUGUCAUGAUAAUAAUGUAUACAAUAAUUUAAAUAAUAUAUACAAUAAUUUAAAUAAAUAUACACCUACCUCACAGGGUAAUUAUUAUACUCUCUUUUGUUUUCUUUUUAAGUAUCACCACUGUAGUAUCUGGACAUGUUUAAAUAGGCAUUGAUGAUAUGAGAUAGAUUGAGAGUAAAAGGUAGAAAAAUAUUCUCCUUAUUUACAAAAAAUUGUAAGUAUAUUCUAGGAGAUUUCAGAGCAUAUAUGCCGCAAAUUUGUAAUUUUCCCUCUAAUCUGUAAAAAUUUUGAAUUCUUUUUUUUUGCUACCCUCUUAUAUCAUCCUACUCUGUUUAUUGCAUUAAGCACUAGUAAGCAUAUUGCACUAAACUCUGAGUUUCAAUUUAAAACAGUAGAUUUAUUUACUUUUGUCUUGGUGUUCGCAAACUUCCCAUUCUGAGGCUCAUGUGCAUGUAGGGAAUUGUGAGCUAUGCUUAUUUAAAGUCUGGUGGAAAGCUAUUGAAUGAUUUUAAUAUAGUUUGCUUAAAGAAA